AACCAAUAAGAGUGGGUAAAAGAGGGAUUUACCUCCCAUUCUUUUAUCAUGCAUCCACUUCAACCACUAUUGAAACUUGAAACCCGAUGUAACUCAUAUCCGAUUGGAAAAAACGGAGCCUAAGAUUGAUCGGGUCUAUUUCGCCCCAUUUUCUGCAACUUGCAAUUUCGAAACCCUAGAUCGAUCCUCCUUGCUUCAUCUUCUUCUCUGGUACUUGACCCAAACCUGACUGGAUUUGCAAUUUAUCCUUGAAAAAGUAGCAAUCUUUGGCAUUCUUCGAGGGAGGACGGAAAUGGCGAAACCAUCGACUCCUUCGUCAACAUCACCUGGCGGCGGUGGCGGUGGCGGUGAAGGAAAAGGAGGGUCGAGCAGCCGAGAAAGUUCAUCAAAAACUUUGGUGGCUGAUCAAAUAUCUCAGGCCGUUCAGUCCACCUCCAAUCUCCUCCAUCUCAUGCUACAAUCCUCUCCUUCCCAGGUCCAUCUGGCUAAGCUUCCAAAGAACCUUUUAGCUAAAACAUCCACAAUUAAGAACACUGAGCUGGUGUUGGAGCAGAUGCCUCGGGUAAUUUCAUCCUUGGAUGCACACAUGGAGAAUGGAUUGCAAAGUGUUCCGCAUCUGAAAACCGUAACCCAGUUACUUGAAAAUAUUGAAAGCUGCCAACUGAAGUCUUUAUCCAGGGGCCAACUCUCUCAAAAGGAAUCUGAACCGGCAGACAAACUUCCAGAGGCAGGGUAAUGAAACCAAUUUCUGGCUCCAUUUUUGCUGGUGGUCUGAACAGCAGCUUGAGGCUUAUUCUCAUGGCAAGCCUAAAUUUCAAAGUUCAGAUGAAAACUUUGGAACCGAUUUUCGGGUUGUUGGUAAGGAUAUACCAACCAAUAACAUGCUCUUAUUGUAUAUGGAUGGUCUCAAGAGAUUGUCUGGUUUUGGUUGAAUUGGAUCUUCCAAGCAUGUGAAGCUUGCUCAGUUGUUUCUUGGGUAACAAUGUGACUCAUCAUGCUUAUAAAUUUUCUAUUUUUUUUUUUUUUUUAAAAAAGAAAAUCAUAAAUUACUAAAUGGAUUCAUAACAAAAUCGAUUAUGCUA